GAUAUAUAGUCGGUCAGAGCCAACAGUUUUCAUUCUUUCCGUCGCUCGAUCGAAUUGUCUCUCCAAACCCACCGGAAAACUCACGAUGGAAGCCGCCGGAAUCCACCAAGUGCUUGUCAAGCUCCUCGACGGCAAGCACAGAAUCAUUAAUUUCUCCACUCCAUCCGUAUCUAUCCAAACCCUAAAACACAGAAUUCAAACCCUAACUCUAAUCCCCACCCAUCUCCAACUUCUCAUCCCUUCCGACUCACCCUACCUCCUUCAAGACAACCAAACACUCAAUCUCACAACCGGACACCAGCAGUCCAAAUUUCCCGUGGUUGUGAAUGUCUUAUUGCGGUUGAGGGGAGGGAAAGGUGGAUUCGGAUCGUUGCUUAGAGGGGCGGCGACUAAGGCGGGGCAGAAAAAGACGAACAAUUUCGAUGCCUGUCGGGACAUGAGUGGGAGGAGGCUGAGGCACGUGAACGCCGAGAAGAGAUUGGAGGAGUGGAAGGCGGAGGCGGAGGAGCGGAAGCUUGAGAAGAUGGCGGAGGAUUAUAUCAACAAGAAGGCAAAAGAGUUGGCGAAGAAGGGAAGCGGAAGCCGGAGUAAGACUGGGGAGAGCGCCGAUAAGUAUGUGGCUAAGUAUAGAGAGGAUUCUGCAAAGUGUAUGGAGGAAGUCGAGAGGUCGGUGAGGGAAUCGCUUAAGGGAUUCGUCAGUUCUAAAAGGAAAGCUGCUGAACUGAAUGAUUCAGAUUCUAAGAAGCUGAAGAUAUGGAUGGGCAAGAGAAAAUUUGAUGAUUCGGAUAGUGAGGAUAUGGAUGAGGACGGCAGCGAUGAAGAUGAGAAUGAAAAAUCUGUUGUUAUAGAUAGUGGGAAUAAUUCUGACUCAAGCAUGGGAACAAAUGAAAAUGUGGACUUGGUUACAGGCCAGAAAAUUGACAGUGAGAGUGGCUCUGAAGAAGAAAAGGACACUGUUGUUGAGAAUAAUCCUGAAUCUAACAAUAUCGUGGAUGGAUGUACGGUUAGUGGUGAAGGCAAAAGUGUUACUGAACUUGGUUCAGACCAAGAUCAAGAUAUUGUACAUCAAAAUGGAGAUGCCCCUCCUCUGGACACUUCAUUUGCAUCUGAAAGUGGAACUUUUAAGGCUGAGAAGGAAGCAUCCAAUAGUUUUGGCUCACCUGUUGCUGAAGAAAUUAUUGAUCAGCAAACAGGCUACUCUCCUUCUGGGAAGGAAGGAACAUCUCUAAUAGAAACCAGUUCUGAUGUAAGGCCUAAAGCUGGAGCAGUCCAAGAGGGAGAAGGUUCUGUAAAAGUUGCAGAUCCGGAGAGGGCCCUGAAUUUUGAUGAAAUUUCUUCAGCUGAAGAAUUGGAGGCCCUUGGCAUGGAAAAGCUGAAAUCAGAACUUCAAGUGCGGGGAUUGAAAUGUGGGGGCACACUGCAAGAGCGUGCGGCCAGACUUUUCCUUCUGAAAACCACGCCUCUGGAGAUGCUUCCGAAGAAGUUACUUGCCAAGAAAUGAUUGUCCUUAGAUACACAAUUCUACAUGUGCCCUGUGAUAAAUGUGAAAUUUAUGCUCAGAUUUUGAUUGUCUACCAUGUAUCCUGGAGAGAGUUUUUGCCUAUGUAUUCUCUUGAUAGAGAUUCAUAUAGUUAUUGUAUAAUCAGGCAGUCCAAAUUAUGUACUGCAGGGCUGCAGGCUGUAACGUCUUUUAAUCCCUUAUCCUUCAAAACAUAAGCAAAUGCUAACUCCUAAUCUGCAGUUAUGAUUUUGCUAAACAAGUCAUGUGAAAUAUGUAUAGCGUUCAAUAUAAGAAAUAUGUUUGGUCA